GCCACUGGAUGAGAGAACCACAUUAGAGGGGACAGGAAGAAAAAGAGCAAGAGAGACUCAAAACUUGUUGGACUCUCACCUGAGGGAAAAACCUCGACAACCUGAGGAAGGAAAACCAGGAGAUAAAGACAUAUUUGGGUGAAAACUCCAGAGUUGGAGCGACUGGAGUUUUUACCUCUUUGAAAAAAACCAUUCAAAGGAAGAGAGCGCUGAAAUUUCCACAACAGAGUGAUAUCUAAGCGAUUACCUGCUGAGUGAACUCUGUUUUAUAUUCUUAUAUUUGUUUGACUCUCUCUGAGAGCCUGCCAGUCUCUCUUUGGAAAUCCUGCUCUGGGAUAAAUUCUCAUUCAAGAGGCAUCACCUGAUACAUAAUCAUCAGAGACUCUAUUAUCUGGUCCACGGUCCAGAAAAGGAUUUGUACAGAAACCUGGUGAAAAUCAAGCUGAGAGAGAAAUCCCUGCCUGGACAACAACACCUGCUGCUGCAUUUCUACACUGGCAAAACCAGCUGACAAACAGAAGAGAGCGUAAGAGUGAAGAAGAGGCAUAGUUGAAUCAGUAGGUGGUUUUACCCUCUGCUGAGCAUACGACCACCUACCAGCCACUAAUUUCUACCACAGCCUGUCAAAUUAGUGCAGUUUGACUGAGCGAGAGAGCACCUUGAAGGAUUUGGGCUUCAUUUUGUACCAAAACAAAGGUCUGCUCACCUGUUAAGACUCUGCUCGCUUUGGACUCUCCAUUUCUGUGAUGAUGGCUUGGCUCCCGCUGUGGACUAUGGGGCUCAUGGCCUCUAUGGCCUUUUCCGUCUCUCUCACCGCUGCUGAAGAUUCUGGCCUUCCUGUGGUGGAAGCCGAGAAUCGAGGCUCAGCUGAAAUUGUGAAGAAGGAGACCCAUCCCGUCUUGUUGAGGCAGAAGAGAGAGUGGAUCUGGAACUCUUUCUAUGUGGUGGAGGAAAAAUAUACGCCCACUGCCCACAAAAUAGGACAACUUAAGUCGAGCAAGUCAGCGAGCGGUAAGAGGUUUGUUAUAGACGGUGAAGGGGCAGACACCAUCUUCACUGUGGAUACCAAUGGAGACCUGUUUGUCAUGAGAUCUCUGGACAGAGAAGAGAAGCACAUGUACCAUUUGACUGCCAGGAUAUUUGACGGGAACAACAAUCUGGUAGAGGAUUCUGGAGACUUUGUGGUCCAGGUCACAGAUAUCAAUGACAACAGCCCUGUUUUCCCCAAAACAUACAAUGAAUCCAUUAAGGAGAGGUCUGUAAUAGGAACCAAAGUAGUCGAUGUGAGAGCAACUGAUGCCGAUGACCCCACCAUGGCUAAUGGAGACAUCAGGUAUUCUUUGACCAGUGAUGGAGACCUCUCUGCCUUCAGAAUUGACAGCAACUCAGGUGAGAUCAGCUGCAAGAUAGACACACUGGACCGGGAAACCAAGAGUCAGUAUGUGGUGGUUGUUAAAGCUCAGGACAUGGGAGGACUGCCCACUGGCAGCACAGCCACCACCUCUGUCACCAUCACCAUCGAAGACAUCAACGACAACAUAGCUUCUUUCACCCAAAAGACCUAUAAACUGCAGGUUCGAGAGGACCACAAGGUGAAUGAGGAUUUUGGUACGCUGAAGCUGGAGGACAGAGAUGAGUUCAAGAACAAAGAGCCCAUCUUCACUAUUCCACCUGAAAACAGCAAGAUGUUUGAUGUUCAACCCGAUGGUGACAAAGAUGGCAAAGUUAUGCUCAAACAGGCUUUGGACUACGAGACAAAGAGGGACUACACUUUCACUGUCCAAGUGCGGGAAAACCUGCAUUUUCCUGCGGACAACAUGAACAGUGCUAUCACCACAGCUCAGGUAUACAUCCAGGUGUUAGAUGUAGACGAGCCCCCUGUCUUCUCCCAGCCCAACUACACCUUCAAUGUGGUGGAAGAACGUAGUGUGAACAACAUAGGAACAGUCACAGCCAGGGAUCCCGACAGAGCCGGCAAAAGCAUAAGGUACUCCAUCUUAGAAAAAAACUGUCCUAUCAGUGUCAACGUGUUCACGGGUCAGCUGUCCACCCUGAGGAAUCUGGACAGAGAGCUGGAGGCCACACACAUGUUUCACGUUAAGGCACAGGAGGAGCCAAGCGGUUUGGAGUCAUUUGUAAAAGUUAACAUUAUAGUUCAGGACAUUAAUGACCACAAGCCUGAAUUGGCUGUGGAUGAGAUCUUCAUCUGUGAGAACGACAUGACUAAUACGGUGAUAGGAACUUUGAGAGCCACAGAUGAAGACGAACUGCCGGCUUCCUUCACUUUCAGCCUGGCCAGUGAGAGUUCCAACUUCUCCAUCAUAGACUAUGGCAAUAACACAGCAGACGUCGUGUUGAAACAGGGCCCGUUCAGCCUGGAUGACCCCAAGGAUUACAGUAUAGACGUGCGCAUUAGUGACGGAGGACAACCCCUCCAGACUCAAGUUACCCUGCUGGCAGUCAAGUUAUGUCGCUGUGAUGCCAAACGGGUUCCUACGCAGUGCAAAGCUAGUGCUCGGAGGAUGUCAGUGAGUGUCCAUGCCCUGAUAGCCAUUCUGCUCUGCAUACUGACCAUACUGGUCAUAGUGAUCCUGUUUGUGAUGAGGAAACGCUACCAGAAGGAUGCUCUGGCCCAUAUGAAGAACAGUGGGGAGAUCCAUGAGCAGCUGGUCACAUAUGAUGAGGAGGGAGGAGGAGAGAUGGACACGAAUGGCUAUGAUGUCUCAAUACUCACUUCUGCCUGCCACGAUGGCUCCCUUCUUCGCCACCCAGACCGCCACCCCCAUCCCUCUCUCUAUGCCAUGGUGCAGAAACCUCCUCCACCCACGGCACGUAAGGGCGACAUGGCCGCGAUGAUUGAGGUGAAGAAAGACGAGGCAGAUCACGACCGAGACGGAUUCCCUUAUGACACCCUCCACAUCUAUGGCUACGAGGGACCCGAGUCUUUAGCCGGAAGCCUCAGCUCUCUGGAAAGCUCCUCCACCGCCUCGAACUUGGAUUACGACUUCCUGAAUGACUGGGGGCCAAGGUUCAGGACCCUGGCUGAGCUGUACGGAGUGGAUGGACCCAACUAUUACCAUCAGUACUGAUGGAGAGUGUCUGCUAAGAAGCAUACAUGAUGCCAAAACACACACCCAUGUAAAGCAGCCAUAAAAAUACACACACUUUGCCAAAAGCAUGCAGGAAAUACACACAUUCACAAACACCUAGGACCAUGCUUUCAUGUUGUCCAUUUUGUUUCUGGACAAGAAACUCUGAUCCGGCAAACAAACGUGUUCUUCAAAGACUUCUCUAGCUUCUGAAAACAGAAUCAGGGCUCUUGUUUCCAAUGUAACGUCGACCAGCUUUUGUUAUCAAGUGUAAUUCAAUUAGUCCUUUAGUUCGUUGAGCCUCGCGAGUCUGUUCACUUCCAGUCAGUAAAUAGAGCUUCAUCAAACCCCAGGAAGCUCCAUCAAGUCCUCAUCAUGACGAUGCGUUUUAUUGUACCUGCAAACACCUGAAAGUCCAAACAGGUGAAACUCCACUGCAGGCCUUAGCCAAUCAGGGUUCAUCAAGGAUAACUGGUGGGCUUGUCAGGUCACUGCUGGUCAGCGAUGUUGUUCAGUCAUUCAGAUUGUUGAUGUUUUCCACAUUUGAUUCAUGUCUCGGCUCUCAAAUGCAGCACCAUUUUUUAAAAUGACUCUUUCUAUGCACAUAUUCAUCUACAUAUACACAUACACAUAAAAAAGUAUGCAUAGUCUUGUAUCCUGGCUACUAUUCAAAGACAAUCUAGCCGUCAUACUGAGCUGAUUAAUAAUUCUAGCAUAAAUGGAAGUUUUCAAUUUGUUGUUUCAAUUUGUUUAUUUUUGUCUUACUGGGGAUGCACAAUGGUUCAUGUCGAAGCUGCUCAUUGCUGAUUUGAAAAUUUUGCCAUACUUUUUCUAUUUUCCACAUCCCUGUAAUCUCUUCAAACUUUGAAGUUUUAAAAAAAAUAUUUGACAAGAGGGCCACCAACACGACGAGAACAAGAUGAUUUGAUUUUUGAUCUGAGGUUGAGGAUUUGAUUUGUAAAUACGAUCGCUUGAGGGGUUCAUUGUUUGGCGUAAAAAACUUUGAGCAGCCACAAGCGUUUUAACUCAAAAAUAGUUUGAUGUGUUUGAUCACAGCGAGAUGCCAGUUGUGUUUCCUUCAUCUGAAAUACUGAAAAGGACAAUCUUUAAGGAAAGUUCAGCUGUGAAAAAGCCACAGUCUGCAUCAGUCUGUGAUGUCCAGAAGGUUAUUUUGUGACAUACACACUUAUUCACAGCAUACAGUUACUGAUCUUCGACAUUUCCCGUAAUGUAGUCUUGCAGCAAGUCUUGACAUGACAUCGGUUGUUUGGCCAGUUUACCAACAGAGUUGACAAAAAGUUCAGAUAAGGUUCUUCAAAAGUUCCUAAUGUUUAGCAUUGUUACAGUUUUUUUUUCAAAGUGUAAACCUUAAAGAAAUCGCUUUGCACUUUUGUAUUUUCUGAAACCAACCAUCUCUUUUUCUUAGUGAGUCAUUUUGUCCAUUUUCCCAAUUAUCUUCUGCUCUGAGAAAAGUCAGAACAAUGGACAGACAGAUGGAAAGGAAAUGGCAGCGCUGCUGCUCAGACAGAAUUACAGCGUGUUCCCAGGUUUUAUUUGACAGAACCCAUCAUCACAGUUAUUGUUGAGAUAAAAGCUCAAUUCUCAGAGGCCCACUAGAGCAAAAGUCAUUCAGACAACUCAGGAAGCACCAAGUGGCAAAAGCAGCUAGUUGGGCCACUGCGAUGGCUCUGAGGUGGCUUGAAUAACUUUAACCUCUCAUCCUUUUUGGCUACUGUCAGGUCAUAAAGUCUCUGGUACAAAAUCUGACAAUCUUAUUAACAUUUUUAGUCUGAGUCUGAAGUGAAAAUCAGUGGAACGGUCAUGCAAAAGCCAAGCUUGGAUCCUUUUACUGACUUGGAACUAUUUAUUAUCUCUAGUUGGUGCUAUUUGACAAUAAGGUGAGCUUAUAAAAGCUUUGUGAUUUAUUAUAUUGGAUUGAUUUGUUUAAGGAUUUAUGUUUCUAAGUCAAUUUUGGAGGGUUACUUGUUUUAGUUGAUAUAAGAGUACCAUUAUUUAUCAAGUACCCUAACCCUAAUUCCUAACCUAACACCAAUGAUGAUAAAAAUCAUAAGGUUGCCAGUUCAUUAGGAGCCUUUGGUUGGUGUAUCAUAUACCCUCUGAUAAUGCAGUAGAAAUACAGUCUAUUUGCUCUUUAAGUAGCUCUUUCAGUAAUCAGGAGCAGCCACUCCCAGGGACUGUUUGAUCUCUGGCCUUCUGCGAUGCUUUAGAGCAUCCGCCCCGGAAAUAUUUAUCAAUGACUCACUUGCAUUUAAACAACAAAGGCAGUUUAGCUUAUUGUAUAAAUGCAGGCGCUGGAGAGAAAGGGCUUCUAUAGUUGCACAGAAAACCAUUACUAACUGGAAAAGGUCGCUAAGUGUAGUGACGACUUUAAAAUCAAUUUGCCUGUUUGGAAGAUGGCGCACAUUCCCAUUAAGAUAGUCUGGUCGACAGAACAAUAUUUGAAUCUUAUGUCCUGUACUACUCUGCUCUGAAGACAGGGUCACACAGCUACAGCUUCCAUUGUUUUUAAAGUGUCAUUUUAUUCCAGUGUAAUAGAUUAUAGUUUAUUUAUUCUCUUGUUUAUUCUGUUUGUUUGGACUUGAACUUGUUUCCUUAAAAUUCUGGCCUGCUUGGAAUGCCAUCUGAUAAACAGUGGAUACAAUAGCUGGAAGCCCUCUCAAUACUUUCCUGUCGGGUUCACAUAUAUACUCAGAGCAGCCUGUUCCUCCACCUCACUCUCAGUCAGUCUCCCAUUCUCCUGCGCUCCUUGUUUGCCUCACUAUAUCUGCCCCACACCGUCCUUCUCUCUCCGUCCUCUAAUCAGCUAAACCAAACAGUGGACUUAACUUCCGGCCCAUCUGGGGGGUUGUGCCCGCCCCUUCCUGUCUGUGUUAUCUAUCUCGAGAGAGAGAGAGAGCCAACACAUUGUGCUCACUUCCUGUUAGCCAGGCAUGGGAAAUAACCUUGGAGAGGAAAAAGGAGUGAGGCAAGGAGAAACAUGGGAUGAGGUUAAGAAGACACAAAGAUGAGGAGAACAAUGUAGAGCAGCAAUGAGUUUUCCAGCCGAGCAGAAACACUUUAGAGCAAAGAUGUGCGUAAUGAAACACGGAGACACAUCACAAACGUUAGUGGUGUUAACUUCCCAAUAUCUUAGCAUCUUUAUGAAGGAAGUUAACGAAUUCUUUUUCAGAAAUCAAUAUAGAUUACAGACUGGUGAAGCCUUUCUUCAUGCCUCCUAUGUUAUCAUUGUUUUUAAAUUUAAUAGGUUUGCACUUAUUUGUGAUAACUCUUAUUACUGCUGAAGACAUUUCCAAAAUCAAAUCAUGAAUACAGAAGAUUUUUAAAUGGUUUAAAAAAACGAAUGUCUCCAUUUCUGGCUGCCAUCUUUGCUUGAGUCAAAGAAUGGAGACUCACCUUGACUGGUGAGUUAAGAUUUUGCUUCACGGUACAGUGAAGGAAAUAUUUUAUCUUGUCGUUUGAGACUAGUGACUCUCAAGAAAACAGUAUUAAAGUCGUUUUUUGUAAUUGUGUAUUAUCACCAUUAGUGUAAUUAUAGAUUAAUUAUAGAAAAAUAAAAAAUUGUUGGCAUCCUGUAGCAGACAGUGAUGCUCCAUUAUCUUCUCUCCUACAAGCAAUAAGUGCUGGGUGUACUUAGGGUGAGAGAGUCCGAGAAAAUCUGAGAUCUGGUAAUUCGCCAAAAAUUUCAGCCACUAGUGUUUUCCAUGUUUUUUUUUUUAAGCUCAGUUCCAAAACUGUUUAAAAAAUGACAACAUACAUUUCCUCAUCUCAAAGAGUCAUUAAUAGAAUACAUCAAACACCGCUGCCACUUUGGGACUAUCUCCAAAAUCCACUAAAUAACAGUGAUACCAUUUUGUCAAGGUGAGGUAUUUAAUGUCCUAAAAAGUGCCAUACUUUUAAUUUAUUUUGAUUUGUUGGCCAUCAACUGUUGUGUGAGAGCAUGUGUCCCAUCUGUAAAAGGAUGAAUCACUUUGGAUUCAGAAAGUAAAAAGAAAUCUCUCAGGUUGGGAUUCAGGCACAAAAAAAAAAAAAAAAAAAAGUUGUUCACGUUUAUGUUAACAAACAAAGACCCCACAUGCAUCAAUAUACUGGUUUAAAAAAUAGAACCUUAAGAGAUUUAACUGUACUUUCAUCUGUGCUGUGUUAUUGAGGGAGAGUACUUCAAGUGAAAUGUAUAUACAUAUAAAAAAAAGAAAAUGUGCCUAAUAGUGAUUUUUCUCUGGCCUAGACAUUAAACAAUCUCUUUUUGUUGCCGUAAAAAAAUAA